CCCGCCACCAUCCUACUCACCGCUCACCACCACCCCACCACCGCAAGCUCGAGGUCUGCAGGGGAACGAAGCGACCUGACCGAUCAGCUGAGCUGAGCCGCAGAUGGUUCCGCGGCAGCGGGAGGCUUAGCGUCGGCGAUCGAGGACAGGACGCGGCGUGCCACAUGUUGAGUGCGCAGACGGCGGCUAGCACCAGCAGCGGCGUCGUCGAGCGGGAGAGGAGCGUCGUCGUCCAGCAGGAGAGGAGCGUCGUCGAGGAGAGGCGGCGGCAGCCGGUGGGGGAGGACGAGGAGGAGCCGGAGUUCAGGGACAUCCACGCGCUGAGCCCGCCGCCGUCGUACCGCAGGGGGCGCGGGGAGUCGUGGGGGUCCGCCGCGGGCGGGAGCAGGCACACGUCGAUCCGCUCCGUCGGGAGCGACACCGCCCCCAGCGAGCCCUUCCCGACUAUGAGCAGGGAGUUCUCGGCCAUGGUCGCCGCCGCAGCCACCGCCACCGCCAACGCCGCCGCCGCAGCCAACGGGGCCGGGAGCGACGCCGACAGGGACGUCGACGCGAUGGGGAGGAUCGGGGAGGGCGACGAGCUGGAGGAGACCAACCCGCUGGCCAUCGUGCCGGACAGCAACCCCAUCCCGUCGCCGCGCCGGGUCCCGCCGACCCCGGGCGCGGACGUGGCGCUGGCCGGCACCGGCGCCCAGGGCCACGGCGGAGGCGAGGGCGGGGUGUCGGUCGGGCAGGUGAAGAAGGAGGAGGUGGAGUCCAAGAUCGCCGCGUGGCAGAUCGCCGAGGUGGCCAAGGUCAACAACCGCUUCAAGCGCGAGGAGGUCGUCAUAAACGGCUGGGAGGGCGACCAGGUCGAGAAGGCCAGCGGCUGGCUCAAGAAGUACGAGAGGAAGCUGGAGGAGAAGCGUGCCAAGGCGAUGGAGAAGGCGCAGAACGAGGUGGCCAAGGCGCGGCGGAAGGCGGAGGAGAAGCGCGCGUCGGCGGAGGCCAAGCGGGGCACCAAGGUGGCGCGCGUGCUGGAGCUCGCCAACUUCAUGAGGGCCGUCGGGAGGGCGCCCUCCACCAAGCGCUCCUUCUUCUGAAUCCCUCCCGCCCUGCCUGGUGCUCGCCGUCGCCGGUGCGCUCGUUUUGUUGGGUUGGAUCGUUCACCGCUUCACCCCAUGGGAUCAGACAGAGUGAUCAGUGCCGUGCUAGCUGUGUGGAACGCUUGUUUUAGUGUUGUGUCCACAUGU